GAAAGGAAAAACAAAUAUUGUAUUAGACAGCACCACCUUAAAACAGUAAAAGAAGAGAUCUUUUAGCUUCCCUGCCUUUCAGAAUUUUACAGAGAGAGAGGAGAGCAAAAGAAAUGUGGGAAUCGAUCUGUUUAACGUUGGCAGCCACCGCCGGUAAUAACAUCGGCAAAGUUCUUCAAAAGAAGGGCACUCUCAUUCUGCCUCCCCUCUCUUUCAAACUAAAGGUGAUAAGGGCAUAUGCUGCUAAUAAAGCUUGGAUCAUUGGUUUUCUUAUCGAUAUAUGUGGUGCAUUGUUGAUGUUGAGAGCAUUAUCUCAAGCUCCUGUAUCUGUCAUCCAACCAGUUUCUGGUUGUGGACUUGCUAUUCUUUCUGUCUUUUCCCAUUUUUACCUAAAGGAAGUCAUGAAUGUCAUUGAUUGGAUAGGAAUCACGUUGGCUGGUAUUGGUACAAUAGGAGUUGGUGCUGGAGGUGAGGAGCAAGAGGCAUCUUCUGUAUCUAUUUUUCAGUUGCCUUGGCUGGCGUUCCUUGUUGCCCUCUUGUUUGUAGUCCUCAACGCAUGGCUUCGGGUAUACAGACAUCAAAGAAGAGCACAUGAAAUGAUGGACUAUGAAGUUGUUGAAGAAAUUAUAUAUGGUUUGGAAUCUGGCAUUUUGUUUGGGAUGGCUUCUGUGCUAUCAAAGAUGGGAUUUGUCUUCCUGGAGCAGGGUUUCUCCAGGAUGCUAGUCCCUAUAUGUGUCUCCAUCAGUAUAUGCUGUAGUGCAACAGGAUUUUAUUACCAGACUCAGGGUCUAAAGCAUGGAAGGGCAAUUGUGGUGUCUACAUGCGCUGCCGUGGCAUCAAUAGUGACUGGUGUACUUGCUGGAAUGCUUGCAUUAGGAGAACAGUUGCCUUCAGCACCCACUGCUCGUUUUUCACUUCUACUUGGAUGGCUGUUUAUCGUAGCAGGUGUGAUUUUACUUGUUAGUUCAACUUGGCUCCUGCGGCGUCUUCCAUUGCAUCGCAUCAUACGAAUUAAUGUUGAUCGAAAUUUCAGUCUAAGUCGAUCAGGAUCUCUCCGACUUAAGGAUUCAAACCCAACUGCUGUUAUCCAUGCAGCAACAUUGCAUCAUUUGAUAUCAUCUCCGUCCAAGGAGAAGGCUUGAACAAAAACAAUGCUUGCUAGUUUUUUAACAAUGCCAGUUUUUGGUCAACAUACUUGUGCAGUCCUUAAGUGUUCCUUAAGUGUUUAUUCAUGCCUGCUCUUGUUGCGGGUGGGGGUGUACAUAUGAUCUGAUUAUUGCAUUUUUUUUUUCUUUUUUUCUUUUUUGAAGGCAUGAGAUUUUUUUAAUCAUUUU